UCUUUUAUAUAUGUAGAAAACUAUGACAUGCCUUUCAUCAUGAUAAGCUACUGACAGAGAAUAUUUUUUUUCUUUUUCGUAGAAUUGUUUUUGGCCAUUCGUUUCUGUUUGUUUGUGUUUUUUUGACGAGAAGAUGAUCGUUAUCGGCUGAAAUUGGCAAAGUGAAGUGUGUUAAUAGUUUCGGUAAUUGAACAGAUCGGUGGUCAUCACAAGGUAUUUCCUUAAUGGGGGGAGCUUGUUCUAGGAAAAGGGACCAGUUGGAAAAUGAAGAUGGUUUACAUAGAGGGGUUUCUGGAAGAUAUUGCAAAAGUGGAAGUUCAAAGUGGUUGGCGACAACUUUUUCUAGACCAGUUGUGGAAAUCCAAAGGGAAAAAGGAAAAGGUCCAUCACUUAUGGAAUUAUGCACUUAUAAAAUACGGGAGGAUGUUAACAAAUACGGUUCAUUCUCAAUGCUUCCAAGAGAUCUGAGUCAGCUGAUCUUUAAUGAACUAAUAAUUUCUCAAUGUCUGACUGAUGUUUCUCUUGAAGCUUUUCGAGAUUGUGCUCUUCAGGACCUGUACCUGGGAGAUUAUCCUGGGGUUAAUGACAACUGGAUGGAUGUGAUCUCUUCACAAGGCUCAUCUUUGCUUGCACUGGACCUCUCAAGUUCUGAUGUCACUGAUUCUGGUUUGAUAUAUCUCAAAGAUUGUGAUCAUCUUCAAGCUUUAAAUUUAAAUUAUUGUGACCAGAUUUCCAACCAUGGGCUACAACACAUCAGCGGUCUCUCAAAUUUGACCAGUCUGAGCUUUCGAAGGAACAGUGCGAUUACUGCUCAAGGAAUGAGUGCCUUCUCUGGCCUAGUGAACUUGUUGAAGUUGGACCUUGAAAAAUGUCCUGGGAUUCAUGGGGGGCUUGUUCAUAUUAAAGGUUUGACGAAGUUAGAGUCUCUUAAUAUUAAAUGGUGUAAUUCCAUAACAGAUGUUGAUAUGAAGACACUCUCAGGGCUUACAAACUUGAAAAGCUUACAGAUAUCCUGCAGUAAGGUCACAGAUUUCGGCAUAACCUAUUUAAAAGGCCUGCAAAAGCUUUCUAUUUUGAACUUGGAGGGCUGCCCGGUUACUGCUUCAUGCCUGGAUUCUCUUUCUGUUCUUGCAUCUCUGUUAUAUUUGAAUCUUAGCAGGUGCAAUUUCUCUGAUGAUGGAUGUGAGAGGUUUUCUAAGCUAGGUAAUCUGAAGAUAUUAAACUUGGGUUUCAAUGACAUCAGUGAUUCAAGCUUGAUACAUCUGAAAGGUUUGACAAAUUUAGAGAGCUUGAACUUGGAUUCAUGUAGAAUUGGUGAUGAUGGGCUGGUUCAUUUGUCAGGUCUUCAACAAUUGAAAUGUUUGGAGUUGUCUGAUACUGAAGUUGGAAGCAAUGGCCUUCGCCAUCUUUCUGGUUUGGUUAAUCUGGAGAGCAUAAACCUGUCAUUUACUGGAGUUACAGAUGGUGGUUUAAGAAAAUUGUCUGGACUCUCAUCUCUGAAAUCACUCAACCUGGAUUCUCGUCAAAUCACAGAUGCCGGACUUGCAGCUCUUACCAGUUUGACUGGACUGACUCAUCUUGAUCUUUUCGGAGCUCGUAUCACUGAUUCAGGGACAAACUAUCUGCGAAACUUAAAGAAUUUGCGCUCCUUGGAAAUAUGCGGCGGAGGAUUAACCGAUGCUGGAGUGAAGAAUAUCAAAGAUCUUUCAUCCCUGUCAUUGCUAAAUCUGUCACAGAACUGUUACCUCACGGAUAAAGCAUUGGAGAUGAUUUCCGGGCUGACAGGAUUGGUCUCAUUGAAUGUUUCGAAUUCUCGAAUAACAAGUGCAGGAUUGCGACAUUUAAAGGCACUGAAGAAUUUAAGAUCUCUGAACAUGGAGUCUUGCAAGGUCAGUGCGAACGACAUCAAGAAGCUCCAAUCAUCUCACCUCCACCAUCUAGUGAACUUCCGCCCCGAGUAAAUUCCAUUGGCGGCGUCUGUAUAUUAUGUGAACAUCUUUUAUUUUACUUAUCUAUGUUUAGACAAGGGUUAUGGCAGAUGUUUGUAUAUUAUGCCAUCGGGUUUGAAUGUAUGGGGCAUGAAUACGCAUGUAUGUCCGAUAUUUGUAUUUAUGUCUGAACUUGUGUCGACACAACAUAAAAAUUGACCCGACCCUUCAGGAGCCGAUUUGAUAAUGUCCUUUGGGUGAUAUUGUGCUGAUUCUAUCUAUGAAUUAAUGAUAUUCAACUA